ACCCCCAUAUCCUCCUCCUCUGCCCUAACAAGGCCAAAACCAAAUCUUUGUUCUCUUUGCCCGUUUCCCCCUAUAGCUUCAAAAACCCAUCUCUCUCUUGUUCUUUAGCAUGAUCUGAGAGAGACUGCUUCAUCAUUACUUUCUUGUCCUAAAGAUUUGUAGCAGCAAUAUAAUCAAUCAAAUGGCAUCUCCUUCUGAACUAAGCUUGGACAAUUGCAAGCCCCACACCCACUCUUUGCUUUUGAAAUGCUUCUCCGACCAAAUCAUUACUCCUUCUAGUACUCAUCAUCAGGAUCAUCAGCAGCAGCCGCAAAAGCAGCAGCUGGAAGAGUUCCUGUCCCGGCUCGAGGCAGAGAGGCUAAAGAUCGACGCUUUCAAGAGGGAGCUCCCUCUCUGCAUGCAACUCCUCACCAAUGCUAUGGAGAGCUCGAGGCAGCAGCUGCAAGAAUACAGAGGAACCCAACAACAUCACCAGACAACAACAGUUGUGCUCGAAGAAUUCAUACCCUUAAAGAACUCAGCUUUACCUCCAUCCGAAUCGGCUUCCGUGGAGAUUAACACGGAGAACAAGGCGAAUUGGAUGACGACAGCUCAGCUAUGGAGCCAGGAGACCAAGCCUCAACUACCUUCAGCUUUGUCACCUCUGCCUCCACCAAAAGAUCAAACAAUGAUGGGAUUCAACGUUAGCCCCAAAUUUGAACUGGAAGAAGCAACAAAGCAGAGGGAUUGUGGUGGAGGAGAAAGAGGAGGAGGAGGAGGAGGAGGAGCUUUUCUGCCCUUCUCAAAGGAAAGGCUACACUCGCCCUGUCCUGCUCCAACUCUGGCUCUGACUGCAGCAAUUGGCUCCUCAGCAGAGAUUAACCAUACCCAUCAGGGAAAGAGUGAUACUUAUAAUGACAACGUUAAUCACCAUGGGUUUUCUUGUACGAACAAAAGAGGCGGUGGGAAUCGGUCAUCUUCAGACGGGCCAGUGGAGAGCAAUGGUAAUGGUGGGAACAACAAUGGCGGCAGCCAGGGGCAGAGGAAGGCCAGGAGGUGUUGGUCGCCGGAUUUGCACCGGAGAUUCGUGAAUGCGCUUCAAAUGCUUGGUGGGUCUCAAGUGGCCACUCCAAAGCAAAUCAGGGAACUGAUGAAGGUUGACGGUUUGACCAAUGAUGAAGUUAAAAGCCAUCUCCAGAAAUAUAGGUUGCACACAAGGCGACCGAGUCCAAGCCCACAGGCGCCAGGUGGGCCUGGGCCCCAGCUCGUGGUCCUGGGCGGGAUAUGGGUCCCGCCGGAGUACGCCGCCGCCGCGCACGGCGGAUACAGCGCCACCGCCCACGGGCCUCCGUCGCACUUCUGCGCCGCCCCGAACUCCGUCCCACAAGACUACUACGUUGCCGCCGGCGGAAUGCCGAUCCAUGCUGCUAUUCACCCUCCGCCGCAGCACCACCACGCCGCCGCGGCGGCGCUUCAGCACCACCACCAGGUCCACGUGUACAAGACGACGUCGUCCCAGGCAAAUAGCUCCGGGCCGGAGUCGGACGACAGAGCGGCCGGGAGAGAGAGGUCAGAGAGCAUCGAGGAUGGCAAGUCGGAUAGCAGCAGCUGGAAGGCUGGGGAGAGCGGCGACAAUGCGGCGGUGGCCGCCGCCGGGAGAGGAUUGGCUGCGUUGAGGGAGAAUGGGGAGGAAUGCAAUCGGAGUGAAAUCACUCUCAAAUUUUAACCCAAAAACAUCAUUAAAUAAUUAAUUUUCCCUUUUUUUUUCUUUCCUUUUAGGGUUUAGGGUUUUCAGUUAGAUGAAAUUCGAGGUUCGUUUGUGAUCAACUCAUCUUCGCCUAACUUCUCAUUUCGAUGCCCAAAUAUUACUAUUGUUCCACAUUCGGUCACCCAUUAAUAUUUUUAGUAUGAAUCGAUCCUCUUCAUCUUGUUCUCUCUUGCAUUGCGGUGUAGUGUAACUAUGUAAUGUAAGCUUUCGUCAAAGUAGUUUGAUUCCAUUGGCUUAGAAAUGUCCUGGCACGUUAACGCUGAUGGAUCGUGAUACGAUCAACCAUCGAUUCGUUACGAUAGUAGUUUGAUUCCAUAAAAAAGGAGAAGAAAAGUGGGGGCUUGUU